CUUUACUCAUCCGAGAUGUCCGCAUCCACAGCAGAUCCCUCCGUCAGUGGCGGUGAUUUCCACGGCGGAGUUCAAACUAAUGACCAGAUACCAUCCCCAGACACACUCCGCAAGGUCGACAACCACCGUGUUCUGGAUCGACAUGGCCAAUCGCAUUCAUUCAAGAGCCUGUACUCUGGGCCUGGGACAUCCAACCGGGUUCUAAUCAUCUUUGUCCGGCAUUUUUUCUGUGGGAGCUGCCAAGAGUUUCUCCGUACACUAUCAGAAUCGAUCACUCCAAAGGUCCUCGAGCCUCUAGCAGUCAGUACAUCAUUGAUCAUCAUUGGGUGUGGAGAUCCCGCCUUGAUUGAGAUGUACGAGAAGGAGACCAACUGCCCGUUUCCGAUCUAUACCGACCCGACCAGGCAGCUAUAUCAGGACCUAGGCAUGAUGUGCUCUCUAGCCAUGGGCCCGCAGCCAGCCUAUAUCCGCAAGAGCAUGGUCCGUGUGGUUGUCGAAUCCAUGGCACAAGCGUUGUCGUAUCUGCCAUGGGGUCUGGCACACAAGAGCGGAAAUUCCAGGCAGAUUGGGGGGGAGUUUUUGUUUGAACCGCUCGAUCAUCAUUCCGAGAAUGCUGGGGAUGAAGCAAAGCGGGUUAAGUGGUGUCAUCGGAUGAAGACGACGCGCGAUCACACUGAGAUUCCAGAUCUGAUGCGGGUCUUGGGUAUUGAUAGCAAGGGCAUGAAUCUCUCCGGUGAACAGUCGAGCUGAACAUUCGUAAUUCUGAUUUAUCUAUUAUUACCUAGGGUACUUUUAUUGAAAUAUUGUUGGCUCUAGUUUUAGGAAGUAGCUCGACUCGCGCCGAAUAGCCCUUAUAUCGUUUCAGAGCCCUCCCCUUACGUAUACCUAGUUAGCUUAUUCUCAUGGGGAUGGUCACUUCAUUUAAGAUCAAUGAGGCCUUGCUUUGUACACAGAGUUUAGACCGUCUCACCCCCUCUUAAGGUCACUCACUGUGAGGAACCACCACUAGUAACCUUUAUUGCUUCAUUCUGG